AUGUCGACAGACGCGGAGAAGCUCGGUCGCUGCUUGGUUGACUUCGCGAAGGCGCCCUCCUUUUUCAAGGGCUCGGGUAAAUCGGGGGGUUUCGGCAAGUCCUCCAACAUCCUGAGUCAGCAUCGCAUGUGGUCCGAGAUAUCUAAGGUGAGGCCUUCGCUGAGUUGGAGCAAGCCCGAGGCGACGGAGGCGAUGGGGGUCGUGCUCAAGGAGUGCAAGGAAAAUUGGAAGGAGUUCAAUAAGGAUGACGAGACGGAUUGGCUCAGCAAGAUGCCGAAUCGUUUCAAGUUCGUUUGCAGGGCCAUCAACCAGGCGAGGCUCAAGAAGACGAGCAAGUGGGUCCACAAGCUCGGUCUCGCCGCCGCUUCCAAGGAGGGCGCCGCGGCGCAGGCUGCUGUCAAGGAGCCCGACUCCGACAAGCAGCAGGGCGUCGACGGCGCCGUUGGCGCGUCCGAGGACAGCCUCAAGCAUGAGGGCAAGUACGUAUUGGGCUUCUGCCGCGAGCACAUGAAGGCGUGGAGGUGCAUGCCAGGUCAGAAAAAGGAGUUCACGAAGGACGUCAAGAAGCCAGAGGGGUCCACGCCAGAGGACCCAACCUUGGCAACGUGGUCCGAUGGUUUCAAAGCUCGCAUCUUCCAGUUGAGUUGCGCCGAGUUCGACGCGAUCGAGGACACCGAAAAGGUUAGCACCUCCAGGGGUACGUAUGUCUGGGAGACUCGCCCGACGGAGAACUCGCGCAUCUGGGUGAGCAGGCCUACCUCGAAGAACAACGUGUUCUGCGUCCACUCCAAGGUCGACGGGUCUCAGAGCCAGAUGUGCCAGGUCAAGGCGACGGCGUUCGGGGAUGACGAGGAGCAGAUCAAGGAAGCCGAGAAGCUCGCAGUGAAGCUCGCUCAGAAGUUGGCGUCCACGGAGGACACAACCAAGGAUAUGCUCAAGGAGCUCAGGGACAAGGCGCUGCCCACGCCCACGAAGGUCAAGAGGCUGGCGAGCCAGACCGACGGCAAGCAACCAGCACCGAAGAAGGCCAAGAGCAAGGCGAAGGCCAUUCCACCCUGUCAGGCGGAGGCCGCGCAGCCCGUCGUGCCAGCCGAGCCCGUCACGCCAACGCCCGACGAGGGGAAGAUCACGGAUUUGCCAGGGAGCGCCUCGGCCAACGAGUCCGAGUCCGAGAAGGCGGCCAUCUCACGCAAGUGCGGGUUCUGCGGCGAGGAGCCCACGUGCCUGGACAUCUUCAAGAAGUACAACUUGUGCACGGCGUGCUACAAUGAAAAUAUAUUUGGUUGA